UGUGUUUGUGAAACUUCACUUGAUCGUUGGCCGCGAGCAGAAGGAAUUUGUUUCUCAUAAAACGAUCUCUUAGUCUGAUGCCAAUUUGUUUUGACUUGCAAUCAAAUUGCUGACCCUCAAGGAGGAAUGCGGCAUGUAGAUCUGACCAGAAUAUUUUCAAGGAAGAGCACUGAAGUAAGAGCUGUUCUGGUUCCAAGAUCACCCCCGUAAGACUCCUAUUGACUCAGUGACAAGUUUUGUGUUUGUUCUAUAAAACAAACACGGAGAAGUUCUUGCACAAAGGACAAAUGUUUCAGAGAUGAGCUGAAAGGAUGUUGAGUUACGGGUCAGAGGGGGCCGGGGGAGAAAAAAAAACAAUCAUUUUGUGCAUUCUUUGUCUAAUCCUGCAUGUAUUUAAAAUCCAAUAGAGUUUGAGCUUCGGGCUACUCAUAAAAUUGGACUCCCCGUUCCAAAGGUCCUCGGUUGAGGAAGACAACAAACACCAACUCGACCCACAAAGACGGAGAAAUGGGAACCGAGGAGGCGCAGCAGAAAACCUCAAAGCAAGUAUAUUUUGCCAUACUGCCAGAUAAAUACGAACCUCUGAUCGAAGAUGAAGGGAACCAGAGGACGCCAGAGGAAAAGCUGAGGAGGAAGGAGAAGAGGAAGAGGAGAAAGAAAAAGUACAUUCGGAACGUCAAGAAGGCCUGCACCUUCAGCUGGCGCUGCCUGGUGUACGGCUUGCAGAGCCUGGCUGGCUCCUUCUCCACGCCGAUGUCGGCUGUGGUCGUCGUGAUGGAGCAUCAACGAGAAGCUGCCCAUCAAGCGUGACGGGCCUGUGGAUGGAGCUUCGCUAAAACUCUUUCUGUCCAAUGUUUUGAAGAUGUAAUUGUCCAUUUUACUUCCUGUACAGUACCUCACAGCAAUUAUUGUCACAUUUGUGUUUCAUGAUCGUAACGCGGUUCGUAUCACGAUUAAGAAAGCAAAUACUCCCGUUGAAAAGUGAACAGAGGUGUCAAAUCCAGGACCAGGAAGUAAAUUCCGAGAUGAUUUCUGAAAACAUGUUGAUGGAUCAAUUUAACUGGAGUGGCAGACUGCUAACAAAUAUUCACAUCUUAACUGUUAUCUAGCUACAAUAACUAUUACAUUAUAGCCGUACUAACGACGACAUGGUGUUUACAGUAACUGCCAUAUGACACUUAACAAGAUACAAAUUCAUCUCAUAUGUUAGCAUCCGUAUAGCCGCCCAAAGCAUCUGGGAGGGCGAGGAAAAAGCUGGGCCCCACCGGAAUGUGGACCAAGGACAGCAGGAGUCCACGCAACAAGAGGAACAGCCGGAUGACGUGAAGCUACAUUCCCUUCGGGGCUCGAUUUGUUUCGGGACGCUAGAAAUUGCUUAGUUAUGCUCCUUUUCCUGACACGUUUUGCUCGCAAUUGGUUUUGUGGUGACUUGUAAUUCCCAAACUCCAGAGCUUGAAAGUAAUUGACGAGCAAGUUGAAUCGCUUGUGUGGUUUUUGAUUCAGAGUGACCCCCCCCCCCCCCCUUGAAGAUAAACGAAC